UGCAUUAGGACUACACAUGUUACGUGAAUCCAUUCAAACCCAAGAACCCAACUCGUAUAGGCAACCAAACCAUACAUCAACCCUGGUUUUCAAGCGCAAAAAAAUGGGUAUUGGAGAGAGCAACAACCCCAUUACGUUCCGAUCCUCCUCCAUUGCUCUUUUGCAAGAGAGGUUCAGGCAAUUGCAGAAGGUGAAGGAGAUGAGAGAGGAGAGACAACUCCUGAGGUCGCUCACAGAACCUAAUAACAAGGUCUUCAGCCCCACAGCAUCACCUCCACCAUCCUCACAUUGCGAGCCAUUAGGGUUUCUCUUUCACGAUCCCGAAGUGAUGGUGAAUAAUGUCUAUCCCACUUGUUCGUCCCCUCCUUGGCUCUCUCUUUCCCUCUGGCCGAGCCCACGGAGCAACUACUCUCGUCUUCAGGGUGUCGAAGCGCCAGCGCUCGUUGCGAGCCUGUGGCCCGUGGAGAACGCCUCCUUGCGCGUUUCGUCUACAAAGUGUAGGGAUUAUGAUCACUUUGACGAUGUCGACACGUCUCUUCAUCUGUAACAUAAGAGCACGUGAUAUACUUUCUUUUAGGCUGUAUGCGUUAUCGGAUGAGCAUACUAUGUGUCCUCACUCAGUAUGAACGGAGUUGAGUUUUGCCUGGCUCAGUUUGUGGUGCAUCACAUGGAAGAAUUCCAAGCAUCAAGUAGGAAAAUGUGGUUAUUAUUAUAUAGUAAUACUAUUAACUCUU